GAACGGAAUUAUAUAUUGAAUGCUGUGUUUUGUGAAGGAAGUUUUGGAAAGAAUUAUGCCCUUUACGCUCAUUUCACAUACAGACGCAAACACCCGUCGUGGUAGACCCACACUAAAAGACGUCGAGCGCUUUCGAAAUGGGUCAGUCCGCGAAGACUUUAGCUUGAAAUUUAGCCAAACUAGCAAAGCUCUUACUAGUUCUCACGAGAUAGCAAAUGAGCCAUUCAUGGGUCAAAAUUACGACAACACUGACAAAUUUAUGACUACUGACUUAUCAACAAAAUAUUAUGGUGAUGUGAACGUCUCACACGUCGAACAAACCAAKAAUCUUCAUGAGCAGAACUUCGAACCUUUGAACAACAAUAUGAAGAUCGCCAUAUUGGAUGAAGACAAAGAAACUCAACAAACUAAUUUGAAUAGUAAAUACACGAGCUUAACAAUUUUGUUCACUGUUCUGAUUCUUUCGCUGCUUAAUUGUAUUAUUUUGUUUCAUACCUGUAAGGAAAUAUUUUAUAUAUUUGUGUAUAUAAGCUAUAGCAUUAGUGCUUUUAUAGCGAUCAUGAUUUCUGGUCUUUACUGUGUAUGGUGUCGCACGUGCUUUGCAGAAGCCAUGAAGGUAAAUAUGCUUGAAGAAUGUGACAUUUUAGAAAAUGUGUUCGAAUUUUCUAAUGUACAUCAAUAUAAUGAUAUUUUUGUGUCAAUAAACGUACAUGAAUUUCGAUCUCGUUUUGCAAAAUAUGUAUAUUAUAGUCAUUCUGCUCGUGUUGUUUGUAAAUGCCAUAGAUCUAGACGCGAUCGCGAACCAAGCAGACUACGUGUGAAUGUUUUGAAACGACUAUCUUGAAAAAGCAAAAAAAUAAAGCGUUAUGCUUGGAGGCGUUUGAAAAAAAACAUCCCAGAGUCAUCCAAGGUUUACAGCUAUGUUAUAAUUUCUGGAGCACGAARAAAAAGCAAGCAGAAAACAAAUAUCAGGUUGGUACAGAAAAUGAGAAGAAGCCCAAUUAAUAGAACAAAAAUAAAUAAAACUUUUGUAGGACAUGGUUACAAUUCUAGUAAAAAUAAAGAUAGAAAGAAAUAUAUCAAAUACUUUAGGCUGUUUUCGUCUAAUUUCCCAUAUGGCGAGUACAAAAGUGUUACUCAUAARGGUAGUUGUACAAAAUACAAGCUUUGUAAUGAUAUUGAGAAAAAUCCUGGUCCAGGUAUUCAUGUUAAUCCAAGCAAUACUAUACAAGCACCAUACAGCCAAGGGGAUGUUGUUGUAUUUGGACAGAAUGCAGGGCAACAAUGUGUGGCAAUGAGUUUAUGUGCUUUAAUAUACCACAAUAUGAAAGGAAUAAACAGCCCUGAUGACUUAAUACAAAUCCUGCAUAUUGGGGAUCAAUUAUAUAGCAGUUUGUCACAUCUAGCAAGACAAUCAUUCUUACUGCUCACAGAAUUACCAACAAUGCUUACASUAUUAGAGAAAAACUACCACCUAGAAUACAGCGAAAGMUACACUGGUACUGUACAUGGUGAACCUAGCAUUGAGGAUUAUCAAUACUGUGUGGGCGUGAAAAGAGCUUUUGAGUCAUUGAUAUCAGAACAGUAUAAUUCUUUUAUUUUAACAGUUAACUGUAUUGGAGUUGGUAUUAUUUACUGUGCUGAUAGUGGCCAUUUUAAAGUGUUUGACUCUCAUGGUAGAGAUGUUUAUGGAAAGAGUCAUCCUCAAGGGACAUGUGUUCUGUUAGAUGUAUUGUCUAUAGACAACUUGGUCCAAUAUUUUCAAAKCUUGUAUGGUAUAAAUGAUCAGUAUGAACUAAAAGGUUUACAGAUUACAGUAUGCAAAGUAGUAACAAGCACCAAAGUUGAAAACCUGUCAUGUGCAAGUACAUCAUCAGAUCAAAACAAGUGUACUUUAAACCAGUGCUUUGUAAUAGCUCUUUAUUCUAUGUGUUACUCAAUCAUUUCACCUUCCAGUUACUGGAUGUCAAAUACUUUAGAUGCAAUCAUACAAUAUGGAUCACAGMUUUACACUACAUUCAGUAAUGAGCAUUGUUUAACUCCUGGUAAAGUACCAGACAGUGUUACAAUUUUUGGUAAGAAGAUAAAAGUAGACAAAAAUKAAGUGAGUCAUGGAAAAUUAACUAAUUUAGCUGAAAGCAGGAUAACUCUAGAGACAUUAAUAUUGAAAAAAAUAAAUGAAAAAACAGGAUUUUUAAUGUGGAUUUCAAGUUACUGCAUAGCUUGUUUUUAUCAAAACAAUACUAAAGUACAGCAAAUGUUUUCUCUUUUUACAUAUCAUGAAGGCAAUUCACCUGCAAUAAAAAACAAAAAAUAUCAGUGGUGUAAAUAAACUUGUGGAGGCAAUUAUUAAUGUAAUUAUCCAAAAUCAACACAAGUGUGAGACUAUAGAGUAUGACAUGCUGUUUAUUCGCUGUUCUGGCGAAAUGACUGAAUAUGAAAGAAAAAGUAUUAUGA